CAUUCUAGAAUAAAAGAGUGGUGUCGACACAUCGCUGCUGUACCAACAGUAGCGCCCUAACCACGAAACUAGAAGGGUUGUGGGUUGAUUUACGACCAAAGAAAUAACUACUCGAUAUCCGUACCAAAUCGGGCCCAUAAAAUAAUGAAAAUUUGGACCAGUGAACAUACAUUCAAUCACCCAUGGGAAACGGUUGCAACGGCCGCUUGGAGGAAAUACCCUAAUCCCCACAACCCGGCUGUAAUCGGAACGGACGUCGUCGAAAGAAGAGUGGUCGACGGCGUUUUACACACUCACAGACUCGUCAGUUCGAAGUGGUAUUUCCCUAAGUGGGCUCAAGCAUUAAUUGGUUCAGCAAAGGUCUGUUAUGCGAGUGAAGAAUCACAAGUGGACCCAAUUGGUCGUCAAAUGAUAUUAAAAACAAUUAAUCUAACAUUUUGUCGACAUAUAGCAGUAAAUGAAACGAUAAAAUAUGUCCCACAUCCAACUGAUGACGCGAAAACGCUUCUAAAACAAGAGGCCGUUGUAACUGUAAAAGGUGUUCCUUUAAACAAUUAUAUGGAAGAUAUUUUAGCGAAUACAAUCUCUUUGAAUGCCGGUAAAGGUAGACAAGCGAUGGAAUGGGUGAUUAGUAAAUUAAACGCCGAAGUGACUGAUUUUGCUAAUUCUGCGGUAAAACAAACCGACGAAUUGCUACAUCAAACUAAAAAAUCUUUGGACGAUAUUUCGCACAAAGCAAUGAAAAGUUUCGAUCAGAUACCGAAUUUGAGCGGGCCAAAGUGUCAAGAAUUUUAGCAACUAACGGUCCUAGUGAAAUUUUUUGUUUUGCCUCUACGUUACCCAGACAAGUAUUAGCAUUUAAGUUUCACCACGAGAAUGAAGUUUUCUGUUGAGUUUCCGUACGUUUUGUGUAAUAUGCUGUGCCGUACAUUAAUUUUUUUAUUUGUUCGUUUUGUGAUCUGUUUGUUUAAUUUUUCGUGAUGAUGAACAAAGUUGAAAAAGAUCAGAGGCAAGUUCAAGUACAAGAAAUAAAUAAUUAUUUAUUUAUUUAUGGCUGUCCGUUUAUUAUUAUUACUUUUUUCAUUUUUUAGUUAGAAUUUUUUUGAUCAAGUAUAACAGAAAGUUUAUUAUGUAAUUAUGUGGUUUAACUUUAAUUAAGUGCUGUACUGAACUGAUUAUAAUUUUUUUGAUGAUUUGUUAGCAGUAGACGCAAAUAUUUAUUUAAAAUAAAAUUUUUUGUGCGAUUUUUUGUGGGGGGUUAAUUUAUUAAAAAUUAUUUAGUCAAUUUUGAUUUACUGCUAACUAAUUCUCAGUUUAUACACAAAUGGGUCUAAUUAGAUGAAUUUAAAACUUUUUGACUCACUGUUUAUAGCUGUAGACUAUUUUGUGCAACAUAGAGAAUCGCUAUUCUUAGAGGAAAAAUCAUUAAUUUAUUGUUCAAACAUUCCCCAACGGAUGUUGUACAUUCGGCAAUUGUACAUAGUUUAUAAAAUAAAUAAUAACUCGUAAAUGUA